AUGUUGCCGACUAAUGUUACCGCAAAUGAGGAAUUAGCAAACUGUCCAAGACAUCAAGGUGAGAAAAUAACAUUAUAUUGCCGCGCACAUAGAAAACUUGGAUGUCUUACUUGCAUGACUGUAUCACAUAAAUUGUGUGAAAUUGACGAAAUUGCGGACGUGUCGGAGAAAUUUUUAAAAGAGGAGGAAUAUGCGAACUACGAGAAAUGUAUAGAUGACUUGAAUGAAACAUGUGGAGUAAACAUUAGCAAACUGGAAGCGGAUAUUGCAAACAUUGAAGCGCAGUAUAACCAUGUAAUCGCAGAGAUAAAGAAACGAAGAAAAGAAGUAACAGAUAUUCUUGAUGAAAUACAGUCUGACCUUGAACAGAAAGCAAUGACCUUCAAACAGGAAAAUACAAGUCAAAUGGAAUCAUUGAAAGAAAAGUAUCAGUCCAUUGCGGUGGAAAUAGAAAAGACAGAAUCGUUAACAAGCCAGUUAAAGACAGAUAAGAAAUAUGAUUUACUUUUCUGUGAAAUAAAACAGGCAAGAGAACGAAUUAUAGAGUAUCAGGCAAAGACUUAUGAAAUGGCUACAUCGCGCCGUGUGCAAGAAUGCAAAUACGACGAGACAUUGGACCUGAAAACAACAGUUACAAAAGAAAAUAUAUUUGGUACGAUAAGAGUUGAGGAUAUCAAGUUAGGCCCUUGCAAUAAAUUCGAGUCAUUGCUUAGAAAGCCUGUAUGCCAUAUAAACAUCAAAGCUGAUGGUGACAAAAAGUCUUGUUAUGCCACUGGGCUGGCUUUUCUAUCGUGCGACCAGCUUGCUAUCGCUGACAAAGCAAACAGAAACGUGAAAAUAGUGGAUGUUAACCGUGACAAAGUGAUUUCUGAAAUCACGUUAUCCUCGAGUCCACGCGACAUAACAGUCAUACCGCCAGACCAGCUUGCUGUAACACUAAGAGAUGAAAAGAUGAUUCAGUUACUGUCGACAGCGUCAGGUUUAACAAAAACAUCACAGAUUAAAACGGACGGUACUUGCCGUGGCAUUCAUUAUGACAACGGAAAUUUGAUCGUUACGUUUGAUAACUUGACAAAUCCAAGAAUUGAAGUUCUGAAUCUGAAAGGGAAGACACUGAGUUCAUUUAGAUGCAAUAGCGAGGAGGACUUUCUUUUUACAGAACCAAAAUGUAUAGGAGUUUCUCCGGACACUAAGCAGAUAUAUGUAACAGACCUCGUGAAGGUGUCUCUUUAUCGGUUGACAAAGAAUGGGGACGUUUCAGCCGUUGCCAAAGGAAGACGUUUCAUGGGUGUUGCCGUCAGCGGUGGAGGUUCCGUUUUUGCCACUUCGAAGUCAAGCGAUUUAGUAGUCAAGUAUGAAGAUGACUUGUCAAACGAAAGAGUCGUUUUGAAUGAAAAUGACGGUAUAAGAGGGCCAAUAGCUCUGGCUGUUGAUCACGCAAAGAACAUGCUGUUUGUGAGCUGUGGACGAGGUGCUGCUGAUAUCUGCGACAAACUUCAUGUAUUCAAAAUCAAAUCAGCGUUACAAUAA